AUCCCAAAGAACUCGUUUUCCACAUCAGACCGCACAAUCCGCAGAAAAUAAUACAAGCGGGCUGCCAUAUAGUGUUGAACGAAACUACACAGGUUUCGAAAAGAAUCACAUUCCCGACGACGGCUCAUAACAUUCUUCGGCAACAGAGACACCCUGCGAACUGUCUGCUUGUUUGACACGGAACAGGAACGAAAAUGAAAGUAUUUCGAGGGGCACUAAUAUUUUUGUCGCUGCCGAAGGUAGCCGCUGCCUUUCUCUCCACGAGACAUCAGCGAUCGGCCAAGAAGGACCGCGAUCCCUUCUUGCUGGACGCCCAUAUUUCUGAAUGGAGGGAUAUGAUCUUCGACAAUGCACCACAGAAGCUGAUUGCGGACAGUGACGGCGAACCUGUGAGAGAAGUUUGCAUCUUUCCAUUUCCCCCGACCGAUGUAUUGGUGCAGGGUGAGACGAAAGAAUUGUGUCUCUACGAACAACGGUACGUGGCACGCAUAUUCCACAAAGACAGAACGCCACAAGGGCUCUCCAGCGUGUCACGGUUUUAAUUUGACUUKAGCGUUCUGCUUCUUGCCAAUUCUUGCAUGAUUUUUCUUUGAGCACGCACUUAUUCAAUUGCACUUUUGCUCGUCUCUAAAUCCUCUUCGGUUUCGAACCAACAGCUUCCACAAUCUCUUCAAGAAGGCUACUGACGAUCACGCAGGAAUUGGUAAGUUAGCAAAUAUGCUCCAUGAUAUUUUUCUCGGAAACGUUUGACUCUAUCCAACUAUUCGGCCACCAACUAUUUCUCACAUCUUUUUGGAUUUUGCCCGGGAACAUAUCUAAUCCAAUCAAAUCAAUACCAAUCUAACCAAACUUCUCAGUCGCCAUGGGAUUCAUUGCACCACCGAGUGGAAUGCUCCAGUUCAUGCCGUUGUGCGAGGUUGAAAAUUUUCAAACUAUGGAGGGUGACACGGGGUUUGGAAACACGAGUAUCCUAGCAACCAUCAGGGUGAUUGGGCGCGCGAARCUCCUCGACGUCCAGGAGCCCGAGGAAGGGAUCGAGGAAGGCUUUAUGAAGGGGUGGUGCACGGAAUUGUCGGACGACACAACCAAUAUUGGUCGGGACGAGGACUUAAUCGACGUMUACAAUGAUUUGGCCAACCAAUGCGAAGUCCUGUUCAACUCGAUUGUUACCUUGCAAGAAAAGAUUUCAUCGCUAGAAGAAAAACAGCAGAAGGAAGCAUUCGAGAAAAGUGGGAGCAGUGAAGUGCUGUCGGAAGCAACCUUGAAACGAAUGAAACUCGAGGCGGAACUCGGACUGGACGACGACGAAGAAGAAGACGACGAUGACGACGACUACUUAGAUGACUUUGGAGUUGGUGAUGGUGGCCCAAGAAGYAUAUUUCAGARKGCAUUUCAAACCGCCAAAGYGUCCGAUACGCAGGGAUACACUGUCUCUUUAUUCGACAACAGCAUCGACAGCACAAUACCAUCGAAGACCAGCACUGCUAAAACGCGGUCGAUACAAGACCUGACCGCUCUGAGCUGGGCGUACUUUUCGAAAGACUUAUGGGGGGAGGAAAAUGAUGACAAUACCUUUGACAGUUCCUUGCURAAAUUCCGACUCCAAGCGUUGAAUACGGUAGAUCUAUCGGAUCGACUUAUCCUGGUUUCAAAAAUGUUGAUCGAACAAAAGAAGAAACUGAACAAGAAAUACCAAGAGCUCCAGUAACUUCAUUAACUUUUCCGAAACACGUUUCGGAUGUUAUAAGAAUAGAAUUCUACAGUACGA